UCGAAACGCACAGCCUCGUGAUUCCAUUUCGCGGAUUCAAUCAAGUGGAAUUUUUACCUUCGUUCCAGCAGCGGAACUUUGCUGAAAGUUUUGAAAUUUAAAUUAGCAUCGCAGUUAGAUUUAUUCAUCCCCGUUUCUUUAGUGCUACAGAAUGUUCCACAAAUGACGACGGCGACAACAGCGGACGGAGCAGAAUUCGACGAAUUAUCAUUCCGCUGCUAACCAUCUACAGAAAACAACAGAUCCCGACCCAAGAAGCGAUACAUGAGUGCAAUUUAAACAUCAUAAUCAUCAUCGUUCGCCAGUGGCAGUGAGACAAACAAAAAAUCACCGGACUUUGUUGGAGCCAAGUACGGAGGUACCUACCGAGGUGGUAGUUUCAUAACGGAGUGUAUGUAGUGUGCCGUACGAAGAGAAAAAAGUGCAAAUCAGUGACCUCAAGUCAAGGUGGUGAAAUCAUUGCAAAUAAAUAGAGAAAAAAAGUGUUAUAAGAAGAAGAUUAGGAAGUAGAAGAAGAAGAUGUCCUACGAGUACAGCACGACGGGUCGAACCGCUAGUACAAGUUCGAUCUAUGACUACCCGGAACACCUGAAUCCGUUCUACGAAGAUGAGAACCACAAGCGAUUACGGUUCUGGCAGUUUGGCAAUCAUCGAUCGGAUAAACCCAGAUCGGACCGGCGCGGCAGUUUGGUCAGCAUCAGAGAUGGACUGAGAGAUAUGUGGGAAUUCAAAACGUUUCGUCUGAAAAAGAAACGAUCGUCAUCGUUGGGUAUCAAUAAGACGUCAGAAAGUCCGCCACCACUACGACGAGAAGACGCCGACUCGCACUACAACACCAUCAGCAAUGCAUCGGCCUACCGGAACACAAUCAACACCAUGGGCUCUGGGUAUUCGCAGUCCACCACUACCACGCCACAAUUUCAACGGAACUCGCGUUAUCGCAGCUCAAUGCAGGACCAAUCAAAGGAAAACGGAAUUGGCCUCCAUAGAAACGAUCGCUAUCGAAGCACAAUUCAGAACGGUUUCGCGACUUACAGCGGUAACAUGGUCACUUCUACGCCGCGAUCGCGCUACAAUGCCACCGAUACCACCGGACGUGGAAUGACCGCAGGAGUUUCUCAAUCUAGUCUCAAAAGCUCAAACCCCUUUGAUGAUGACGAAAUGGAUGAUAGCGUAUCGCUGAACGAUAGCUUCAACAACGGAACGCUGCGGCAGAGUAUGACGAGGCAACGAAAGAAGCGGCGAGCACCACCACCGCCACCGGUACGAAAUUUGGCAAACACUUCCGUUGAUUCAACGCAUACCGUCCUUGCCACGCGCUUGAAGAUUGACGAAUCACCACCACCAGAAGAUCCUGAAGAUGUGAAAAAUCUUACCAAUCUAACGGCUGAAAUCGAAUCAUUCGUACGUACUACUUCUGAUGACGAAGUGAACCGAACGACCACAACACAACCCAAUCAAUUCGAAAACCUGGCAUCGACCAACGAUAGUAACAACAACCACGUGACGGAGCUUGUAAUAGUUGAAAGAAAAGAAGAAAUUGUUGAAAAGGUGAACGCCACCCAAACUGAUAGACAAGAACAAGAUCUAUCAACAGUUGAUGGCAGCAUAAAGUCUGCUGAACCAACACCAACAAGCGAAAUCCCAGAACCCGUGGAACACAUGUCGCGAAUAGAGGAACUCAGAAUAGAAGAAACAGAAUCAAAACCCGUAGCUCCCCCUCAGCCUUCACCGCGCUCUAAGUCAUCUCCUCCACCAAUCCCACAGACACCGCCCGUCGUCGAAGGAGAAGACCUGGAAGGCAUCGCUCUUCCUGAAACUCCCGUUCCAGCCCGGCGCCUCAACAAAAACCGCAAUCAGAUCCGCCAAACCAAUGGAACCGCACUUCGAAUAACCGAGUCUUCAGAUUCUGCAACGGCUAGCACAACCGAGGAAGAAGAAAACAUGGAAUCCAAAGCGAUCAAAUCCAUCAACUAUGAGUUCCAGUACAAGGUAGAACCAAUCAAAACAGAAAUCGACGAAAAAAUUGGCACAGCUCGUCUGAUGAUAAGUGAGUCAACCGGUGAUAUCAGCUCCUUUCAAAAUACCGGUACUGAACGGCGACGUUCGGUCCGUGACAUCAUCGAAUCAAUCAAUAAAAGCCAGAGUCUCCUGAAGGUCAACCAUGAAUCUACUGGCAUUUUGCACUCUGCUCAAUCGAAUGAUAGCGUCAAUCGAAACAUUAGAGAGCUGAACGAGCGUGAAAAGGAGAUUCAACGAAUGCUCCACGAAAUGGAAGCCACCUUGAGCAACGUUCAACCCGAGCCUCGCCAAGUGUCGUCCGUUCCGCCACCGAUCAACAAACGUGGCUCCUACUACGAUAACGUGCCGGAAGGUGAUGAGAACCUUGAUAAUUUGGAAGAUCGUAACAAUCUUCUGAGCAAAUCGGCGUUACGUUCCAAGAAGAGUCCGACCAAGUCGCUUGGUAUCGAACAGUCAGACGAUGUGCAAUUUCAGGAUUGCAUCGACUGGAACCCAUUGCCCAAGCCGCGGCGCAGUCGGCAUUUUCCCGACUCACAAGCUAAUCAGUCAACGUCAGCAGCGGGAGGUGUUUUGACAGUUAUCGAUCAAAAUAAUAACGGCAAUACUAAUCAGAGUUAGCUCUUCAGUGCACAGAGGCAGAAUAUUGUUUUAUGGUGCAAUGAAUGAGAAGUCUUCAACUUAGCUUAGUUUAUUAUUUAUUCAAUCGGCCAAUAUUGACGCAUGGUUUCCUUACACACGCCGUCAGUUCUAAGUUUAGGUGCUUGACGCUGGAAGCAAGUGUUGGUGUAAAUUAUUGUUACAAUGUUGAUUCAAAUAAAUGUGUAGACAAGAAUA